GCUCGCUCCGGCGGCGGGGAGCGGGCACGGGGCACCGCAACUUCGGCAGCAUGAGCGUGGAGAACCAGGAUGUGCUGCUGGAUCUGGAGGGGGAGGAGGAGGAGGAGGAGGAAGAUGAUGAUAACGAUGAUGGGGAGAUCGUCUUGGAACUGAACCAGGUGAUUAUUCCCACUUACGGAACUGUGCCGGACCAGCAAAACCUUCACACACCUGAAUGGGUGGAUUUUGAUGACAAGCCUGACUCCUUGUUCUUCAAAGAUGGGCAGCGAAGAAUUGACUUUGUUUUGGUGUAUGAAGAUGAAAGCAAGAAAAUGACUCAUAGGAGGAGUGAUCGUAAAAAGCAAAAGAGGAAGAGACAAGUAUAUGAAUCAAACCUGAUAAACAAUGGCUUGCAACUAGAAGCGACGAGGUCGGUUUUGGAUGAGAAACUUAUUUUUGUGAAGGUGCACGCACCUUGGGAAGUGCUGUGCACGUACGCCGAGGUGAUGCACAUCAAAUUGCCCCUGCAACACAAUGACCUGAAAACCCGAAAGUCUGCUUUCAACUGGUUCAGUAGACUCUUCAGGGUGGACGAAAAUAUCAUCAAACCUGAGCAAGAGUUUUUCACUGCCCCUUUUCAAAAGGAACAUUUGUCCAACUUCUACAUCCAAGACAAGGACACAUUUUUCAAUCCUGCAACCAGAAGCCGAAUUGUUCAUUUUAUCCUGUCCCGUGUGGAAUAUGCAACAAAAAAUAAUGUGAAAAAGUUUGGCAUUAACAAAUUACUGGACACUGGAAUCUACAAAGCAGCAUUUCCCCUUCAUGAUUCAAGUUUUAGGCACCUGUCGACUGAUCCCAGCUGCCCAAGUGAACGGUAUCUCCUCUACAGAGAAUGGGCUCAUCCUAAAAACAUUUUUAAAUUGCAGCCCCUGGAUUUCAUCAGGAAAUACUAUGGAGAGAAAAUUGGCAUCUACUUUGCUUGGCUGGGCUUUUACACAAAUAUGCUGACUGUGGCUGCAGUUGUAGGAGUUGGCUGUUUUCUCUAUGGAUACCUGACAAGGGACAACUGCACAUGGAGCCAAGAAGUAUGUGACCCCAACAUAGGAGGUAAUAUCAUAAUGUGCCCUCAGUGUGAUAGAGCAUGUACCUACUGGAACCUCACCAUCACUUGUGAAUCAUCCAAGAAACUCUGUAUAUUUGAUAGCUAUGGAACACUGGUGUUUGCAGUAUUUAUGGGAAUAUGGGUUACCUUUUUUUUGGAGUUCUGGAAGCGACGGCAGGCUGAGCUGGAGUAUGAAUGGGACACAGUUGAGUACUUGGAGCAAGAGGAGCAGGUCCGCCCAGAAUACGAAGCUCGCUGCACUCACAUAGUGAUGAAUGAAAUCACUCAGCAAGAAGAACAUGUGCCAUACACUGCAUGUGGGAAGUGUGUGCGGAUGACUUUCUGUACAAGUGCCAUCUUCUUCUGGAUCCUUUUGAUUAUUGCUUCAGUUGUUGGAAUCAUUGUCUACAGGCUCUCAGUUUUCCUGGCGUUCUCCUCAAAGCUGUCGCAGCACGUCAAUGGGACGGAGGCGCUCCGCAAGUACCUGACUCCGCAGACGGCCACGUCAGUGACCGCCUCCCUCAUCAGCUUCGUUGUCAUCAUGAUUCUCAACAUCGUCUACGAGAAAGUGGCAAUCCUGAUCACUGACUUCGAACUUCCAAGGACACAGACUGAUUAUGAAAACAGUCUGACCACAAAGAUGUUCUUGUUCCAGUUUGUCAACUACUAUUCUUCAUGCUUCUACAUAGCCUUCUUUAAGGGUAAAUUUGUGGGUCACCCUGGAAGCCCAGUUUAUUGGCUGGGAAAGUAUCGCAAUGAAGAGUGUGAUCCAGGUGGAUGUCUCUUGGAGCUCACAACCCAGCUUGCCAUCAUAGUGGGAGGGAAAGCUAUCUGGAACAACAUUCAGGAAGUGCUUGUUCCUUUGGUCAAGAAUCUAAUUGGAAGAUAUUCUGCAGCUGCUAGAUCAGAAAAAGUUGUUCCCCGUUGGGAGCAUGACUACCACCUCCAACCCAUUGGAAAACUUGGACUAUUUUAUGAGUAUCUUGAAAUGGUUAUUCAGUUUGGCUUUGUGACCCUGUUUGUGGCGUCGUUCCCCCUGGCUCCUCUGCUGGCUCUCAUGAACAACAUGCUGGAAAUCCGGCUGGAUGCGUGGAAGCUGACCACGCAGUUCAGGCGCAUGGUGCCGCAGAAGGCUCAGGACAUCGGGGCCUGGCAGCCCAUCCUGCAGGGCAUCGCCAUUCUGGCCGUGGUCACCAACGCUUUGAUCAUUGCUUUUACAUCUGACAUGAUUCCUCGUCUGGUUUAUUACUGGUCCUUUUCUGUCCCUCCUUACGGGAGCCACAGCACUCACACUAUGGAGGGGUACAUAAACAGCACACUUUCUGUCUUCAAUAUAUCAGACUUCAAGAAUGAAAGCAAGCCUUCUUCCCCUUGGCUCGGGAAACAAACAACUUGCAGAUACCGGGAUCUCCGCUACCCUCCUGGUCACCAGCACCAGUACGAGCACAACAUAUACUACUGGCAUGUCAUUGCAGCCAAGCUGGCUUUCAUCAUCGUCAUGGAGCAUGUCAUAUACUUUGUGAAGUUUAUUAUUUCAUAUGUAAUUCCGGAUGUAUCGGAGAAGACCAAGAGCAAGGUCAAACGAGAGAAGUACCUCACACAGAAACUAUUACACGAGAAUGAUCUCAAAGGUGUGAAAAAAACCAUGGGCAAAAUAGCUGACAAAAUCAUCAAAGGAGCAGACAGCACUUUCCGACCUAAAGAUGAAUAAGUACUUUUUCAUAUGGAAUAACAGUACUUGGACAGCUGAUAUCUGUCCAGAUAUUACCAAUAGCUAUCAAGCACUUUGGAUGUACUAAACAUUGUUUCUUGCAGCUCUUACAUACUCAGUUUCCCUUGGACAAAUGCAACCACUGCAAUGCAGACAAGAGUUAUCUUUUUUUAAAACAGCUUUUCAGAACAUAUUAAAAAAAAAAUAAAAAAGAAAAAGGGGAAAAUUAUUUAUCCUCUUAAGAAGAUGCAGAUUAAUUCCCAAACACCUAGGCUGUUUUCUACUUUUCUUAGGCAUCAGCUAUUAGAUAACUAGUCUAACUUGAAUAAACCUUAAGAACAAGAAUGAUUUGCUAUAAGAAUACCAUCGCAUCCAAUGAAGGAGUUUUGAUUGCUUGCUAAUACAGACCUCAGCUAUAAAAUGAAGAGGAAAAGCCAAAACAUGAAGGAAAAAGGAAGAAAAUACAACUCAAAAUCCCACUGUUAAGCCAUUGGAGUUGACAUACUAAGCAUGGUUGUUUGCUAUUCUGAAUUAGCUAUGCAUACUGAGACUUAAAUGGAUAACAAGAUAUUUCAAUUAAUCAUGGACUUGGAUCACAAGAAGCAACAGGACUGUAAGCCCAUCCUGUUCAUCAAUCUCUGUGUAAACAGGAGAAUUGCCUUUGAAAUCAAUGCAUACAAACUGACCUUACAGCACGCCAAGUGAGUAGAAAACUCAGGCAUUUUAUCUUUCUGCAGUCAAUGUUCUUUCAUUAGUUCACUCGCCCAUUCUGAGCUAAAUGCUCAUGGCCCUGAAGGUCUCCUACCUGUAAAAGCAAUAAAUGUUAAAAGUCUUUUCACAUACUAAAUCAAUAUUUGUGGAGGGCUGUCUUUUGCAUUUCUCUCACGCCAGAACGUGCUCUUCCCUGAGGUUUUGACAUAGGACGAAUGUGCAGCUGAACAUUUUGAUACAACAUUGCGUGAUAAAGUAAAUUCUGACAAGACUAUGAAUCUGUUGGAAUUGGAGAUUGGAAUAAACCAUUUCAUAGGCCUUAA